UAGCAUCAUCUACCGUCAUAAUAUGAAACCAUACCUACGAAAUAAAAUGUCGGUUUCCUAAAUAUAUUGUGAAUCAAACAGAACGAUUGUUUUCUUGUUCAAUAUUCCUCGUUAUUUAACAUGAGUGAUGAGGAAGAUACUCUUCUUAACGAAGAUAAAGAUCAGGAUGAAAUUAGGAAAGAGCUCUCACAAAUGAGUUUCGAAGAUCUGCAAAAGCUAAAAGAGAAAUUAGGUUGUAAAAUAUAUAAGGAAGCAUUGUUUGGUCCACGGAAGGUUAACAAGAAAACUGAAUUUAAACGAGAAAAUAAAAACAGACCGCGUGAAAUAUCUUCAAAGAAGCCUGUUUCACGAUUCAGAGAAGUGGUGCAGGUAAAGAAUUAUGUUCCAAGAGACCCUCGAUUCGAUAAUCUAUGUGGCAUAUAUGAUCCGAAGAAAUUUAAAAGAAAUUAUAUGUUCAUUAAUGAUAUAAAAGAGAAUGAUAUUAAAGAAUUAAAAAAGAAAUUGGUUGAGAGUAGAGACCCAAAAGAGAUAAAGAAGAUCAAAUACCUUAUACAGAGAUUGGAAAAUCAAUUACGUGAGGAAAAAAGAAGAAAUAUGAAAGAACAAAAAGAGUAUGCAGAAAAGAAAGAGAUUAUAGAAGCCAUCAGACGUGGUGAAAAACCAGUAUACAGAAAGAAGUCUGAAAAACGAGUUUUGGACUUAAUUUCUCAAUAUGAAGAAUUGAAGAAUUCAGGCAAAUUAAAGAAACAUAUACAACGAUUGCGCAAGAAGAAUCAACAAAGGGACAGACGAAAGUUAGCAUCAGCAGACUCUGAAUAAAAGAACAAGGUAUAUGUGAAAUUAAAAUUUAUACAAAUUAAACAUGGCUGGAAUAAUUACAGAUGUAUAUAAGUGUAAUAAAUACUAUGAUAGUUAAAGUAA